UCCAGUAAACGUCCUAGAAUAUGUCAAAAUAAUCUCAAUCACGUGCCCCCUCAAAAUUCCAAGUAUGUAAAACCCAGAAAUGUUUUGUCCGGUGGUAAAAACCCCUUGUAACCCGUCCCCACCCUGCCCCCCAAGCACCCCAUCCAAGUGUCCGCCCCCCAAAACCCACUACUUCUUCGUCGACCAAACCCCAACUCAAGUUACAGCCCCCAAAAAACGCUCAAAUUCCCACCCACGCAGUGCAAGCAAAUCGUCAAAUGGCAGUAGAAAAUGCUGCGCAUGCGACUCGAAAAACGCAUCAUCCGAUUCAAAAAUAAUCAGAAAUAAAACCAAGAAACAAAACGCAACACCAAGAAAUGGGAAGCCGCAAAUGGACCCUGAAAGUGUCAAACAGCUGAAACAAGACCUGAAAACGAUCAAAGACCAACUGACGAUUUUGACACAAAACCGCGACGAGGCCUUAAACGUCACCAACGAGCUGGAAAUUCGCUACAAAAGCUUGCUGGAGAAGAGCCAAAACCAAGAACGGGAAAUCGAAGAAUUAACACGAAAAAACCUCGCCUUGGAGUCGAAACACCAGAGCAAAACCGACCUAAACGAGCUGAAUUCGCUCUUCAAAGAGUUGGUGGACAAGUCAAAAAUCAUGGAAGAAAGCAAGAAGAAAGUGUGUCGUUGCAUCAAGGAAAAAAGCCACGAAUACCAAGAAAUGACCAACUCGACGAAACAACUGUCGAAAUCCAUCGCCGAAAGAGACGCCAAAUACGCAAAUUUGAUGAGAAACUACCAAAAAACCAAAGAAAACGAGACCAAAUUGAAGGAAUUGAACCAAAGAUUGAUUAAGACAGUUGAGGAGUUGGAGAGUCAAUUACACCAAGCCAUGAUGGAGAUCGAAGCCGCCCACCAGGAGGCCACUGCCCUUGCAGAAGACUUGAACGAAAAAACCAAAACUUUCACUGAAGAAAUGCACCAAAAAACCCACCAAAUCUCCGACUUAAACUCCGCCAUUGACGAACUAAAAACCCAAAUUUCGCAAACCACUGGAAUCGAAAAAAAAUUCCUCAAAUUGUUGCAACAGUACAAAAACGUCAACGAGAAACUGAAAUCGGUUCAAGAUUUGUGUCAAUGCAGAACUGACGAACUAGAAAUGCAGAAGAAGAAAGAGAAGAAUCUGGUUUGCGAACUAGUCGAUUUGAGGCAAACCCUCUUGUGUAAGAGUGAAGAUUGUGGGAAAAUGGCCGAUUUGAGGACCACCAUUGAGGAAAAAAACAAGAUAAUUGAGUGUCAAAGAGCUGAAUUGGCCUCCAAAGACAAACGAAUCGAGUUGUUGGUGAAGAAUGAAGACCGGAUGAAGAAUAAGUUGGUGCAACUGCAGGAGAAACUGGUUGAGAUGAAGAUGUCGACCAAUGUGGUGUGUAGUGAGGUUUGCUCGGCGAACCUGACGCAAGAACUCCAAGAGAUUAUUACGGCUCUGUAUGAAGAAAUCGAGAAGGGGUUGUCGAAAGAUGAGCAAAUUUUGACACAAAAUCGCGAGAUUUGUGGAUUGCAAUGCACCCUUAAUACUAAAGAAAAAGCAUUGAUUUAUGCUUGUAAUCAGCUAAAAAUACUCCGAGACCAAUUUCAGGCGACCUUAAAUGAAAAACGGGCAUUGGCUGAACAGUUGCAAGAAUUGCGUGUGCAGAGCAACUUCGGGGACUCCAGCGACGCCUAUCUCGAGGAAUGCAGUUGUGGUAGUUGUUAGUUGCGUUUCAAUAAAGUUUCAAACGUCAAAAUUGACUUUUCUGUUGAAAA